UCUUAACAUUUUGAAACGACCGACGGCUGUUCACAGUGUAUUAACGUUGCAGCGUGCGUGUUGAGAUAAAAAGAGGGAUGGCAGACGACGAAGUUCAGGCGCUGCAAGGAAUCUUCUGUGGAGAUGGGGAGUUUGAAAUGUUACCACAUUCAGAUGGUGAAUGCCGUUUUUCCAUUUGUGUAACAUGUCAGCCACAGGGAAACACAGCAAUGGACCAAUCAGCAGACUCCUUGAAGAUUUCUUUGCAGUGCUACCUUCCAAUUGGCUACCCACAUGAACCUCCAGCCAUCUCAUUAGCAUGUGACAGCCUGACAAAACAUUCAGCCAAUCAGCUGCAAGAGGAACUUCAUGCAUAUGCAAAUUCCCUGGUCGGUCAGCCAAUGAUCAUGGAGCUUAUAUACUGGCUGCAAGAACAUGAAAUCAAGUCCACAACUAAAACUGCAUUGGCUAAACAUCAGGAAACAAUUUCAGGAAAAGACAGCAGCACACCGCAUGUUGCCAUCCUUCACAUUGAUCACAUGCGAUCUCGAGUCCGUUACAUCAAAACCCUGGUCAGCUGGGCAUCAGAGCUCUCUCUGAUUGGUCGACUCCUGUUUCUGCAUCAACUCAUCCUGGUCAUGCUCAUAGGCAGUGAGGACUGUGUCAAGGAUUUUCUGGUAAGACUGCGGACACAAAAGGUUGACAUUGAUUCCAAUGGAAGAAGCUGCAAAGAACGGAUGAUGACAGUGCUGAUGCAGGGAUCGCAUCCUAGACCCUCAGAUAUAACAAGCAGGUUGGGUGAUUUCCAAGUCCACGAGUGUUCAACCUCAACAGAGCUGGAAGAAGUCUUUAUAGGAGCGGGUUUACUAGAUGUCUACAAGAAUGCAGUCUUGCCGAAGUUUCCUCAUCUUCACAGAUCAUCUGGAAAAAGCGUCAGCAACAGAUGAUAAAGAAUAAUUUACACAUUUAAUUUAUUUGUAAAUAAAACUGGAUUUGAAUAUUUAUGCGUAAAAUAAUGAUGUGCCUGCAAUUGUAUCUAUACCUUUAUUUUCUUUGUGCCCCAAAAGUAUAUCAACGAACAUGAAAUAAAAGUUCUCCUGAGAUUUGAA